AUGGCUUCCAUUAAGCUCGCUUACGAUGGCCCAGAAGCCGAAUUCAUUCAGCAACAGAGCCUCAACCGCUGGGAAGCUGCACUGUCCAAUGCAAAAACAGCUUCACACUAUCGAGUAUCACCCUCAGAUCUUCGAGGUCUCCUUUCCAGAAUUCCUUCCUUUCUGGAUCAUAUACCCAAAGAAUGCAAUACUAUUCAAGGCUAUUCCACCUGGAGGAAUACCGAUAAAUGUACCCUUGUAGCCAAACAAGAACGCCCUCGGAGCAUAUGUCUCAGCAAUCCCUAUCCGGUCAUUUGCAAGGUAUCCCAGUCAAAAAACUUCCAACAAUGGGAGAACAGCCUGAACAAUGGUCUUGCAUUAAUGACCCUUGGGUGGGCGUACAUUUUGAGUGCGAGCCUUGCUGAACGACAAGGCUUGACUUUACAAUAUCAACCCUCAGCAGAUCUCUCAGGCCCUUGCGCUAAGCAGCUUCAGCUUGGAUAUGCCACUUGCCAUGAACGAACAUGGUGGAAAUCACUAACCUCACAAGGCGCUGGUUGGAAGAUAGUAGGCAGAGGAUCCCCCUGGGGACUAUCUAUCAAUAAUCUCAAUCUUGAGGUGGUUGGUCAAGUUGACCAAAGCAAUAGACCACCAACAGCAAAGCAGGCUGCAUCAUAUUUAGGCAGACUUUGUUUUGCAUUCGACCUGGGUAAUCAGUCAUCAGCCGGGCUAGCAGCCGCUAUGAGUUUAACACUUCACACCGCACAAAAGCUAUGGGGCUCAGCCCAGAUAGACCUUCCCGCCUUGGCUAUGAACUUUGCAGUCAAGACCCCAAAGAAGCAGAGAUUCCUGCCACCAGAGCUUCAAUUGAUCAGCUAUUACAUGACGCUUAGCCUCAGCGAAUGGGCUAUUGGUCCUACUCUAUGGAGCGUAUUCUGGGAACCACAGAUUACAUGUAACUUUGCUGGAGCUUGGCUGGGUCCGAUUGCUGCUAUCCUUGAGCCUGUCUUAUCUAAUAACAACCUAGAACUCCUUGCGAAAGUACUUUCAUUCACUAGAGCUGCACCAUUAUGGGUCGGCAUUGCUCUCUGUGGUCCUAGUACGAUAACCAACUGCAUACUCCCAUACCUCACCAAGAUGUUUGAUUUUCCCUUUACUCUACCAAGCAUCGAUGCAGCGGCAUGGACUUGUAUUCCUCAGUCCUUCUUGGAUGACUAUUACAUGGAUCCUUGCCAUGAUGGGACUAUCUCCAGAGCUGAUGUUUGGCGUCUACGCCAUGACUGUCAUUCGGAGUAUGAAGAAUCUGCUUUUCUGUUUACGCCACCCCAUGGCUGGCCUCCAUUUGGCAGAAUGAAGGCAGAAGAUGUGGAAUUAGAGAUUCAGGAUCAUAUUCAUUGUUCACAUCAUUGGGAAUAUGCCUACUGGACUUGGCAGCCGAGUUCAACUACAGACACUGGCUUCUGUAAGCGCGAUGGAACAGAGAAGUGUUCAGUUCGAUCUACCAAGCUUGAUAACAACCGCCAAGAUUAUGGAAAUCUGAUCAAUUAUCGAGUUUCAGAAUCAGCUACAAAGUCAAUAUUCCGUUGGUGCUCAACUCAGGUGGAGCGAGGCUUUGGUGGUUCGAUUGUUGAGCGUUUCAAUGGAGAUGAUAAUUCGAGGACACUUAGCGAUAAGGGUAUCCCUGACGACUUUGAUUACGCCAGAGUUGAGAAUUGGCUUCCUACAGUAUCUGAUCAGAGUGUUGAGAGUAAAACAAGCUCAGAUGAGACGAGCACUUAG